AUGAUUAACACAAAGAAGCUAAUCAAGAUGGUCAAGAAAUGGCAACAAAGAGCAGCACUCCACAGGAAAAGAAUCUCAUUCCAAAGAUCUUGUACAUCAACUAGCUGGUCAACGGCUGUAGAAAAGGGUUGUUUUGUGGUUUACUCCAUAGAUGAAGCACGGUUUGCUUUUCCAUUAAGUUACCUAAGCAACUCAGUUUUCCAAGAGCUCUUGAAGAUCUCUGAAGAAGAAUUCAGGCCUCCCACCAGUGGACCAAUCACAUUGCCAUUUGACUCGAUGUUCUUUAAGUAUCUGAUCAAAUUGAUUGAAUGUCGAAUAGAAGAUACAGAAAGGGCUCUGUUAAUGUCGAUCUCUAGUGCUAGAUGUUCUUUACCAUGCUCUUUACAACAACAAGAACAGAUGUUUGUAUUUUAG